UCCAAAGAGGAAAGGAACGCAAAAACUUGAAGCAUCUCCGAAUCCUUUCCCCCCAGAGGCAAAAUUUGGAUACUUAGAAGCUAAAUUUGUCGACUCAUUGGAUAUCCUUAAGUACUGAAAACCAGAUUGACGCAAGAGAAUCGCCGCCACCCCGGUACGCUCAUUUUUUCGUCGAAGAAACAAGAUUUGCUGGCUCAUAUUCCACAUAUAUACAUGUAUUACCCUCAUUUAUGUGAGUGUGCGGUGUGAUGUGUGAUGUGUGGUGCGUACCACUCUACGGAAUUCAAUAGGUAACCAGAACGUAAUUUCCAACACUUGGCAAACAGCAGAUCGGAACAUCUGCUGUCCAUUGAAUGCGUUCUAUUCUAUUCAUUCUAUUGCAGCAAUUACACUGCGCUAGCUGCCAUGCCACCAAAAUUGUCAAGCCUAAAAAGAACAGUUGCCUUUCUAAAUUUGUCUUGAGAGCUGCAUGCUCGAGUGCGUUAUUACGGGAGGAAGAGCAAAAAGGCAGCAAUUUGGAUUUUGGAUGCAUGUGUGACGCCGACAGAUCUCUCGUAUCCAUCCAACCUGGGACUUGAGUACUAACAUCACUCACUACAACGCUAGCCAACUGGUAGCUAGUAGAGCAUCUGGGCAGUAGCGCAUCAGCAAGCAAGCAACUAACUAACCAACCAACCAGAGGCGCCUCCGGCUGCCCGCUUUGAAUGUGACUUGUUCCUCUUGGAUUUUGUCCAUGAACAGCUAGCUAGCUAGACCAGCCACACACAACACACAACACACAGACACCUACCUUCAUUCAUUCUCUCUCCUUCAUUCAUUUCUCUCUCGAACGCACCAUCCAUCAUGCCGACCACCCAGAGCGUCAAGGCGCGGCUUCGUUCCGCUCGAGAACGACGAACCAAAAAGAUCCAUAGUAGUAGCAGCAGUAGCAACAAGAAUCCUCCCGAGGGAGUCGACGCCAUCUUGUGGGACGCCAUGUAUCCCCAUGGAACAGGACCGUCUUCAUCCUCCGCUUCCAACGAAAGCAAGCGAUCGUCUUCUCCCGACGAUGAUCGAUCCACAACUUCCACCUACUCUGGAACCAGCAGCCACAGCAAGCCCUCUGUCACGUCUUCCUUUACUUCCAACACAACGACCACGACUGCCCUCUGCCAACUCCUCUGGGCCCGCCAGUGGGAAGCGUCUCUCCAACUAUUGCUGCAAGGCAACCGCCAGCAAGUCCAACAAUGGUGUCCGCUGCCCUGUUUUGGACAAAACGCCACUGGAUUGCCACUCCAUCUCGUAUGUGCCAUGAGACCCUUGCCUCCGGUCGAAAUCGUACGGACCAUCCUGCAAAAGUACCCAGAAGCCGCACAACAAAAAGCCAGCAUGUGGGGGCUCGUGCCACUCCAUCUCGCGGUCGAUCUACGCAGCAGCGGCGGAACAACAACCAAAAAGCAAACGACCACCAAGCUGAGCAGCCUCAAAUCCAAGGCGGCCGCUGUGGUAGGAUGGUCUUCCCAUACCAACAAGAUGGUACAACCGCAAAAGAAUCAUCAUCAUCAACGCGGUAGUGACAUUGUACCCGCCGUGGCAUCUUCCGACUCGUCAUCAUCCUUCUCCUCUUCGACGUCCAUUACAAGUCACAAUAUCGACGACAAUCUAUCUUCUCUGGGCAGCUCUGCUUCUUCCACCGCACACCAACAACACCCACAAUCACAAGAAGAUGACAUGACCAAUCACAGUCGCAUCAUUGUCUUGCUCUUGGACGUUGCCCCGCAAGCUCUCACCAUGGCGGAAGAAUUCCACGGCAUGUUACCCUUGCACAUUGCCGUCUCGAGUACUCCGGCGCAAGGAGGACGGGUCCCUCCUCAUGCAGCGCAGAUUCUACAAUUGCUCGCGACUACUUGUCCCGCGACCUUGCACACACCGGAUCAUGCCGGCGAUACGCCCGUCAAAAUGGCUCAACGCGGUCACGGCGCGACAACAUCCGAUCCGAGCGGCAGCAGCAGUCGCAACAGCGGCAGUCACACGACGAGUACAGUACUGUCUCCUCAAACAACACAACUACAAAUGGUGUCGCAUUUGCCCGAUUGGAAGUGGAAUCCCAUCUUGUAUCCCAAUAAUCAAGAUCAGACUGACGUGAUUGUCCACAACAACAAUAGCAAUAGUACCAGUGGUGCAAUCAAGCCCAGCAAGAAUCAAAAGAUUGCCUCCUUGCUAGUGGGAUCUUUGGACGAUCUCAUUUCCACAUCGUCGUCGUCGUCAUCCUCCUCCUCAGCAUCAUCCUCGUCAUCGGGAGAUGAUGCGAAUACCGACAAUGGCAUAUUCAUGCCCACGCCAGGCAACUCCUCCUCGUCAUCCUCGGCAGCCUCGUUGUCGGACAAUGACGAUUUGAGUCAUGAAAUCCAACAGUUGCAUUCGUACGAAUCGGACUUGCGAAAGGAACUGGAAGAAUCCAUUCGAUUGCAUUGUCCCAUUCCAGUAUUUCAACAUGACAACAACAAAGCCAUCCACUCCAGUCAACCAGUCCAGGAUGGAAGCAAGGUCACGGCCGAUACAGAGACGACCAUGACAGCGUCCUAUGAUGACGAUGUCUCCUCCUCCAUGCACUUGUUCCGAGAUGAUGGCGAUGAUGAUGACGACGAGUCCAUGGCCAUGGUGAUGAUGACCAUGACUAGUAGUAGUAUCAGUGCCGUUAGUAGUAGUAACGAGGAAGAAGAAGAAGCAACAGCUGCGGACAGCAUUCGCACCACGGCUCUGUAUUCGGUGGGCUGCGACAGUUUGAUUACGACCGCUACUGCUUCCUAUCACGAUGUGGUUACGACUGCCAGCUUGGACCAAGACUUGGAAGACUUGGAAAGCAAUCUUCGCCACGAGCUCAAAACGGCCAAGAGCUAUGCGUCCUUUUUACGAUAUUCGUUUGAGAACGGAGCAGCUGGCCACGAGCGCACCACUGCUAGUGUCCCUAUCGAGGAGACGCUCGACGACAAGUUGGCUGUACAGGAAGCAACAACAACAACGACGACGACUCCGGAUGUCCAAGCGGUUGCAGACAGUAGCACUGACAAGGCAGGUCAUGAUGCAAACAAGAAUACACCAAUGAUGCGUCAAGGCGAGAAUCCUUGUGUGGCAGUUGUGCCCGAGAGAAAAGAUCCAGCCAGCGAAGAACUCGUACCGGUUGCACUCCCAAACAUCUCAAACUCAGAAUUUUCCAUCGCCGGGACGUCAGGCGAGGAGGAGCAGGAACAUCAGGGUGCCGACAAAGAAGGUUGCCGUGCGGCUGUCGAGGAUCCGUCACAAACGGCCAACAAAGAAGAUUGCCGUGACAAUGAAGACGACGAAUCAAAUUCUGCCGAUUGGAAACUGACAAUGUCCUUUGCUCUUACGCGCCAGAACGCCAUGCCUGCAAUGAUUGUUCCAGACAACGACGACGUCUGGGACGAGAUUCCUUUGUCAGAAAGCGCCAAGAGCAGUGCGGUCCCGCUGGAUGAUGGUGAUACUGCGAAAGAGGAUCCAGUGCAAGACUUUCGCCGCCACGAUAAAAUUUUCCGUGAUAAGGAAGAGCCGAUGGUGCAAAGCAUGCGAAUGCCGCCCAGAAAAGCCAAGUCAGAGCUUCCGGUGUCCAGGGAUAACUUCCCCAGUAUCUUUUAUGGUCUUCCAUCCAUCCAGGAGGCAAACUCGCAGGUCGAAAAUGAAGAGGCUGAUGCUGCCGGAAGGUCUCCAAUCGAAGUGCCACCAGAGUCACAUCUCGUCGAAGCUUGCAAACAUACUGGUGACAACAGAGUCAUGCCUUCCAUCCAAGAACACCAAGAUGUCAGAACUCCCCCAUCGAGGCCCGAGGACCUUGAUGGAGCCGAUGACGAACGACCACUGGAACUCGAAGAGUUGCAAGAGUCCGAAGAGAAGGUAGGAAAGGACAACCGGCUUCACGGUGCCGAGCAACAUGAUGCCAAAGGACAACCCGAGCAACUGGCAGGCGUUGAGACUUCACGGGGCUCGAAGGCAGACCACAACGAAUGCGAUCAGGUGAAUACUGACAUCGAAGCGGUCAACGCCGUCGAAAGCGUUGAAGCCAAAUCAUGCUCCCAUGAUCUCGUAUAUCCACCCAAUGCCGAGGCUGUGCUAGACGACGAUGGCGACGUACUCAUCGUGUGGGAAAGGAUAGCGGCUGUCGCUCCUUCGCUUGGUUCCUUGAAGCUUUCUAUCGAGGAACACAAAAUCGUUUCGGAGAGUUGCUGUUCUUCAGCAGUGCUGAUACAACCAACCAGAUUUCCUACUACCGGUACUACUACUACUACUCAUCUGGACAGGCAGGAUCCGCAACCAGUUUUCAAGACCCCUACUCCUGAAGCAAAGAAGGCGUUGAUCAAGCAGGAACAGUCGCAGACUGAACCAGAGCGGGCCGAGGCCAACUGUUCUUCCUUGUCACCUCCGUUGCUUGCUAAGGCAACUUCUGCUGAUGGUCUUGCAGCCGAAGUAUCAGUCAAUACACCGCCAAAGAGUGGCGUUCAAUGUGCUUCGAACAAUCUUACCCAAUUGACCGAAGAGCUACAAAGAUUGCAGGCCGAGAACGAGUCCCACAUACUCGAGAUGGAACGCCUGAAGAAGAGAGUAUCCAUCAUUACGGAGAUCAAGGGAGUGAACUACGAAGACCUUCGAAGGGCACUUCAAGAUGUAUGCAAGCAAGACAAGUCUAGCAGAAGCACAGCUUCUUCUGUCAGUAGCCCCCUCUCAGCUCUGGACGUUUUGGAUGAAUGGCACCAAGAACUAAACGCAGAUGCAGAGGAAGGUGUUGCCCACCCGUUUGAUGAACAACGUUGCCCCUCGACACCAAGCCUUAGCCCUCCUCGAAUCAUCAAGACAAACGAUGGCAUUGGCAGGUGGUUCAAUACCAGUCCUUGCAACCCUGACGAUGCGUUGCCAGUAUCUGAAAAUCAAGCACAACAUCAGGAUCGCUUUCCUGACACAUGUGAGGCAGUCCUAGAUCUUGAAGGCAGCUUGGGAGAUUGGUGCGAUGAGCUGCUCGCUGAGUUGGCUGCAACUGGUGGACGAAAGGACGCAAGCAGGCAGAGCGGCAUUGAGCCUCAAGACGAGCACCUGGCCAAUGGACUCAAGUGCCAUCCGAAAUCGGACACGCUCAAGUUGUACCAGUCGGAAACAAGCACGAGUGAUUCUUGUGUUCCAACGAAGAGGAGUCAUGCGACACCCCAAGACAAAGCAACCUGCAACAAGGAAGGUCAGGUGCGGGGCAAGUUUUUGGACGAACAGGACCGCAAUCUUGGGCAACACUUGGGUUCCCUGCUGUCGAGCGAUUCGGAGCUCUCGGAAAGCUCACCGUUGCAAAUCCUCGAGCUGGACAAUGGUUCUGAUGAGAGAGAAGCAGGUUCUAGCUCAGUUUCGUUUGAGGACGAGCCAUCAGUGAAAAACUGCUCCGAGGAACAAUCGUGCCAAAAUCAAGCCAAGGCGAAAGCAGCAGACACACUUGAGCACGAUCAGUCACAAGGACAACCAGAACCCAUGCAGGUGGCGUGGCGGUACUCUGAUGCCAUUAAAAUCCUCGAUGCAAUUGAAGAGGAGAGCUUUGUCUCCAGCUCUAUCGUCAGUCUCGAAAUCGCUCCAGAAGACAAACCUAGAGCCACGCAGCAGUCUGAAGAAGCAGGUCAACCCCCGCAGCACUCGUUGCUUGCGGACACGGAAGGAACUCGAGCGCUCUUGGACGAGGACGAAACAAUUGACGAGGAGGAAUCUUUCGCGCAACAGGUAACCGCAGAGGAUGAAGAAGCAACUUCGUCGCAACCUGCGACACCCCAAGAUGAGGAAGAGUUCCCGGUAGUACGCGAGGUGGACGCUUUUCAGCUGGAACAAACGAAUCUUGAUGACGAGGAAGAAAAGAGUAAAAGAAAGCGGCGACUUCGAGAGCUUGUCCAAUGUCGCAAGAGCCAGAGACCUUUUCUGGACGCGGAAGAGGUAAUCAAGAAACUGUUCCCCACAAACCUCGAAAACCCGAACACGAUAUAUCGGGUGGAUUUGUUGGAUCAGACAUUUGAGGAUAUCUGGAAGUGUGCGCUGGAACAAACUGGAAGUGAUGUCUUCUCGCCACCUUCAAAAGACGAAAUCGCAUCAUCCAUUAUCAUUUAUGAUCCACGAUGUUUGGCUCAGGCAAUAAGCUCGCAGAAGAUGUUUGUUCUUUCGGGUGCCAUGGAGGAAAUUGUGGUCAACGAUUUAGCGAACGACUUGAUGGAGGAAGAGUCGUCUUCGAGCGACACCUCUGGAAUCGUUGCUUCGAUCGGUAAGCCGAAACGAGCAAUGAUAUCUCUCAAUGACGAGCAUGCUUCACAAGAUAGAGACUUCCGCUCCAGUACUCCCGAAGAGACAACACCUCCCAUUGGGUGCUGUGCGUUGGACUUGGGUGAUCUUUGGGCAUGCAUUGAAGCCACAGAUGCGGCACUGGCAAAGGUGGGAAAGAUGGCGGAAGAGGCACAAAAAACAUGCAACCGCUUGUUUGGCUGUGGAGGCAAGUCGGAACCCCAAGUGAGCCCUUCGUCCAUGGCCGCUUCGACGCGAAGGGAGCAAGAGAACCUGGCUGCAUGCAACGCUCAACUUCGAAGCAAGCGGCGAAAUCUAGACGAAAAAAGCGUCUCUGCUGGGCUUUUGUCGUUCAUGGACCAACUGAUUGAUGACGUGGAGGAGACAAUCUUUGGCCUCUCCCGCUAUAGCGACACACUCUCUAGACGUGAGAAAAGGAUCAGCAGCCGCCAAGAAGUCGAGACACAGUCGAAAGUUGACAAAUUCGGACGAAAAGACGAUGAAACUGUGACAGAAGUUGGAUUGUUCGAACUGGGAGCCUUUGGCAGCAGAAUCCCCAUUGUUGUUAGGUCCAGCAAGACCUCUUCUGUUGGAGGCAGUACCAUUACCGAUCUUUCUAUCAAAAGAUCGGGGUGGCUUUAGGGCGCGGUGGAUGUACAUGCGCAUUGCAGCGACCAUCCAAGGAGCGACAAACUUUCUCCAACGCACUUGCAUGAAACUCUCCAAUUCCCAAGAUGUCAGGCAUCCUAUCCUGGUGGGUUCUUUCAUGUUUCCCCACUUGUACACGCUCCAUGCAGUCUCCAUGUGAAUUCCUUCGCCACGACCCUGCGUUUCAGACUUGGAGGAAUACCAUCCAAGUCGAUGACUUCGACAACACAGCAACCGACCAGAAACGAGAUAGAUAUAGAAUGAUACAUUUUGUGGGUUUUAUGAUUCAUUUAGUACAACAGCUUCUUGU